AUGUGGCUUGUGCGAUUAUACUGCUCCUUAUUUCUUCUACUCCCGGUCGUCCUCGCUGCGCCAUUGUCCCAGUGGCUUCUCUCAGCGGUUACUACCCGUUGGAGCCAGCACGGAAGCGGUGCUUCUGCACGCGUUACUUGGCGGCAAUCGAUGCUCCUCGAGGGCAAGCAUCGUUAUACCGGAGAUGGCAGUGAGGUUGCCCCAACUCUCGAGGUAUUGACUCGCGCAGAGAAGUCGAGACCUGGCGAUAGGUGGCCGUAUGAAUUUUCGUCCUUGACUCCGGAAAUGGUCAGCGGGUUGGAUUCGUCAGAGGAUAACAAGGACGUUGUGUUCAGGUCGUCUGAACCGCAGCUGGGCUUAGAUUCACCGUCAUCAGACCUAGGUCGUGUGGAAGAACAUUCAGCACCCAGUGUUUCCGCUUUCACCAGCGAACAUGCAUUGGAAGAGAACAAAAUCCAGGAAACCUCAAUGAGAGUCGUCAAAUUUCGUUACGUAACUCUAUUCUCUAGGGAAAAGGAACAAUCAGCUCUUGCAAGUCCAUUCCCAGAGUUAGAGGAUCUAUUUUCCUUCUCUGAGAGUGUCGAUUUGAAUGGAUGCAAAGGCCUUUCCUCCAUUAUAGUGUGGAUAUCUGCGCGUCCCCUCCGUGCCUGGACCGCUGUGUUUGUGCUCAUGUUUGUUCUCUUCAUCCUCUCAGUUAUAAUCGUGGAGACCACGACGGCGUUGGCAAACCUUGUGAUCUCGACAUGGAAAACCCGGAACUCGAAAGGAAUCCGGCUUGACGGUGCCGAGCAGAAACUUAGCGCUGUGUAA